CAGGCAGCCAUUUUCCAUUUUUAUUUUCUCCUGUAAAGUGAAUUUUUCUGUUUCAUGAUAAAAUCGUUUUUAUACAAAUAAAUUUGUAAUUAUUGAGUGGUAAUUAAAAUAAACUCGUCAUCAGUGAUUUGUUGCAGCCAAAAAUUACAUUUGUGUGCCCAAAAAUGGCGAAGCAAACAAGUAACAGAGGCUCGAAAAAUAGGCAACAGCAAAGUCGCCCCAACCGGUCAAAUAACGCCAACAAGCUAAAUUCAAAUGCAAAAUUCAAAAAACGCCCAGCAAGCACUGGUAAAGGCCGAGUGCAAGAUGCCAGACAGAAAAUCACCCAGAAAAAACGUAACGUCGUCGAUGCCAGAGACGUAUUGGCCAAAAAAGCAAAAACCCAAGAUGCCCGAAGCAAGCUGGACAAAAUAAGACACAGCCAAUCGCCCAAACCUAAUUCCAAUAUAAAAAUGAUAGGCAAUAGCAUCGUACAAAAAGUAGACAGAGAUGGCAAAAUCAGCUUGGUGACCAACAAAUCGAAAAACACAUUGCAAAUGGACAUGGCCAUUAAAAAACAACUAGGACUGAUACCACAGUCACGCCCUCCACUCAAAAGAUCUCCCCCAAAAAAGCCUGUCAAUAUAAGACCCACUAUUAGAAGAAAUAUAGCUGAAGAACGUUACGCUGGUCCUCGUAUUGUUCCUGCAGUGCUACCUCGGUCCAGAGUCCAGGACAGUGGGAUGUACAAAUGGUUGAAGCCUGCUUUUAGACCCACAACCGAUUUGGAUACUGCUAGACAGGCAAUGAGGGAUGUGGUUAGGGAAGAACUUAUGUUGGCUAACAGAGGAUGGCCUAGCUUUCCAGCGCCCAGGCCAAUAAGAAGCAGUGUCGAUCAUCCCAGGCCGCCAAUCAGGCCUGCAAGUAGAUACAUUGACUUAGACGCUGUGGUUGAAGAUGAAGAAAUGCCCAUGGUCAGAAAUGAAGUUAGUAGAAUCGCUCUGAGAGGAUCUACCAGAGUUUCAAACGUACAUUCGCGUUUAGAUGGCGCUCCCAGCCAGCCAAAAUCUCACGGAAUAUUAGCUGGGGAAAUGAGCACUAAAGUGGUCGUACCCAAUGGUCACAGGAUUGUGGUUUCCAAUUUGGAAUCUAGUGUGACUGAAGAGGAUAUUAAAGAAUUAUUUGAAGAUGUUGGGCAAUUAUUGUCAGCUAAACUGGCACGUCCUGGUGUAGCUGAAGUGAUUUUCAAAAAUCUUAAAGAUGCUCAAAAAGCAGUUGAUACUUACCAUAACAGGCAGCUUGAUGGUCAACCAAUGAAAUGUCUUUUGGUCAAUAAGAGACCUUUGCAUCAACCCACUGCUCGACCACUUAUCAAAUCUGGCGGGAUGAGCAUAAGUAGCAGAAUUUCAUCAGCUUCAUCUAAUGCCUCUAAGUUGGUCCCGGAUUUAGGUACCAUUCACAAGGUACUAUUUCAAAGACACUAGGAGGUAGAUCUAAUUUUUUCCUUUGUAUUAAUUUUUUAUUUGUGCUAGUUACAUUAUAUUAAUAAUAUGUAUUUUUCUUUAAAUUAUUCUGUAGUUACUGUUCAGUUAAAUGAUACAGUAAUAGUAAUAUUUUGUGUUAUUUUAAUAAUUUUGAAUUUAAGCUGUUUUUUAGGCAAUAUAAUAAAGGCCAUUUGUAAUAUAGAAUAUUGGUUAUUUUUUUUUUACAGAUUAUUACUGUGUAUAAAUAAUAGUGGGUUUCCUUGGUUUGUAAUGUUGUUUCAAAACAUUACGUAGUCAUUGCAUUUGUAAAUAAAAAUAAAAUAAAACAACUCUAAGCUGUAAAAUCAUAAUUUAAUCACAAACAUUUCCCUAAUUAAUUAGUUUAAAUAGUAAAAACACUAACGUUUACAUGUUGGAUUUCUACAGAGUGGAAUAAAUAAAAUGGAAUGUUAAUUUGUUUGUUUUUUUUUGUAUUUGAAUUAAAUUGAAAAUACCUAGGGCUGGUUUCUCAAUAGCAAGUCAUCCCCAGGUUAAGUAUAAAUAUUGUAACGGGACAUGUUUACCCUAGAGUUGAAACCAACCCCUAAAGAUGUAAACAUUGAAAAUACUACUUGUCUUCUUUUUGUGAUAAUUUUUUGAACAUGUUUUUCAAUUCUCAUUCAUUGUCUUAGUUGACCCCUAAAAAGGUGACAUUACUUGUAGCUAUUAUUAGGAAUUUAUAAACAGGGUAAUAAUAAACCCCCUAAAUUCUAAUUUUAAUAGACAUAUUUUGAAUAGCAAUUUGAAACUAUAACAAGUGAUCACUUAUAACAUGGCAAAUUUCAUUGAGCCUUAAAUAUUGAACAGGGUAUUUGACAUUAGAAGUGAUCACCCUGUACAACACGCUACUAUAUUAUUUGUGAUUAAACUUAUUGGCACAUAAAACAGGUCUUUGUAGAACCGCGAUUUAUAUUUAAAGGGAAAUAACACAUAGCAUUCAACACAAAAAUAAUAAAAAUAAAAGUGACACGCUUACAAAAUUCACAAAUUAAAAUUAUUUACAAAACUCGAAUAAUAUCAGCCUCAAAUCAAAAUAAUAAUAAUUACAGUAGUUAACAUUAACAUUCAAAGAAAGAUUGGUCUUUAGGUGUUUAUUUUUUCAUUUUCCUUCUACUUUGAAGCUGCUUUUGUAGCAACAACGUCAAUUUUUGUCAUUUUACAUUCUUCUAAAGCUGCAGUUUGUAAACUUCUUUAAACUCAAAUGUUAGGCAAAUUGUUGUAGCCUCAAACAAGGAUACAAAAUUAAGAAAACCAAACUUCAUCCAAAAGACCAUUCUACUUCUUCCUCUGCCUGUACAACUCUCGUUUCUUAGUGUCAGCAUUUCUAAGUACUUCGGCAUAAGACAUAUCUAACUUUUUCAAUUUGUGCAAAUCUUGUGAGGCAGAGCUAGGUUUGAAUUCGAAGCAAACUUUCCCGCUACCUUGACUCGGAGUAGGCGAUGCCACGUUACGAUUGGUGGCCCAAAAUUGCAAAGUGUUGCCGUUCCAGUUGUUUUCUUCGGUAGGUUUAGCAGCGGAUCUUCUCCUACUUGAAUUAGGACGACUCGAAUAAGUAAUUUUCGGGCUGCCAAUUAUAUGAGUUACCGGCGAAUCGGAGCGAUCAGAGUUUUUGUUUUUGCGUCUCGAGGAAGACCUUUUACGUACUUCAACUGAUAAGUAUUCCAGUGGUGGACGUACUAAAGGUCUGAGCACGAAUUCUUGCUUAGCAGGUUCUGCUUCAGGUAUUGGUUGGUUUUGUGAUUGAAUAAUAUUUUCAAUUACCGUAGUGGCGUCAUUUUGCGUUGAUAUUUCAGACAUUGUUGAAGACAUGACGCUUUGGGUGUCAUCAUCAGGGAAUUCUGGUAGCUGAUCGUUCAUGGGAGUUGCUGGCGGUACGAUUGGAAUGGUUUUAGUGUUAUCGUCCAACAAAGGCAACUCUUCACCUUCAGCUUUAUUUUCGGCUGCCUUUUUUAGUACUCUAAAUAUUUCUUUGAACAAGUCUCUGUAUUCUGGUCUGUCACGGAAUCUAGAGUCUAUAGGACUAGCGUCAUCGUAGAUGCUGAACUUGCAAUCUUCGCCGUCAGCGAUGGUGCACAAAAACGAACCGACUCUGCCUUCAGUUUGAGUAGAUUUGUUGCUGGUUUCGUCCACAUAGCCGCUGGAACUGGUUUCAGCUUCUGAAAAAUCUGUCGGUGUUGAAAAGGUUUUUCUGGUUUUCUUGUGCUGUUUGCAUCGUAGGCUAUCUCCGUGCCCGCUCUCCUCGUCAGUGUCUUUAGUAAAAUCGCCUGAAAUUUGCAUUUCUUCUUGCAGCGAUGGGCACUGAUUAAUGGAUUUUGUUGGGUUGCCACGGUGCACUUCAACCAGGGCCUCGUAUUUUUCUACGAGGUCUUUGUAAGGGUUGGAUGGUUGGCGGUUGGUUAUGGGAGAUGAUUGAUUGUCUACGUGAUCCUAAAAGCAAAAAAAUUACGUGUGAGUGUAUGAGCGGUAAAGUUAAGCAGAUUUUU